GUCUCGCAGCUCUCAGGAACUUGACCAGGCUGAGGUUCGUCUUCCUGGUUUCUGCGGAGUUCGCACCACGGAGCCGCCGAACCUUCAGCCAAACAUGAGGCAGCAGCUCGGCCUCCUCCUCCUGACGCUGUCCGCGGUUCUGUUUGCGGAGCCGGACUUCACUUCUCUCAGGUCCAUGCUGCACGACUUCGACGUGCUGCCUCUCUCCAGCUUGCAGACCCACUCCGUCCGGCGCCGAGACGUCCAGAGCCAAACUCAUGUGGAGAAGAUGCUCAGCUUCAGCGCCCUGCAGAGGCAGUUCAGGCUGUACCUCCGGACCAACGAGGAGCUGUUCACAGAGGAUUUCAGAGCCGUGAUCGUGGACGAGGACGGCAGCGAGCGGACCCACCCCGUGGACAGACACAGCUACUUCACCGGACACGUCAUCGGGGAGGAACACUCUCGGGUUCAGGCUCACAUAGACGAGCACGAGUUCUCGGCCCACAUCCUGACGGAGGAGGGCGAGUACAACGUUGAGCCGUUGUGGAGGUUCACGCCUGCGCCGCAUGACGGCCGCCUGCUGGUUUACCGCUCAGAGGACAUCCGGAACCUCAGCCGGCUGCGGCAGCCUUCGGUGUGCGGCUACGUGACCUCUGACCCCGGCCACCUGCUUCCUGGCGGCGUGCGAUCGACUGAGGACGAGGACGGCGGCGCGUCUGCGUCCAGGACCAAGCGGCAGGUUCCUGACCACAGGAAGAACACCUGCCCCCUGCUGCUGGUGGCCGACUAUCGCUUCUUCAAGCACAUGGGUCGCGGCGAGGAGAGCACCACCCUCAACUACCUGAUCGAGCUGAUCGAUCGAGUAGACGACAUCUACAGAAACACGUCCUGGGGCGACGGCUUCAUAGGUUACGGAGUCCAGAUCCAGCAGAUCAUCAUAGAGAAGAUUCCAACUCCCGUAGCUCCGGGGAAAAGUCACUUCAACAUGAGAGGAAGUCCGGUGGAGGGCAGGAAGGUGUGGGACGUCAAGAAGCUGCUGGAGCAGUUCAGCGUGGACAUCGCAGAGAAGGCGUCCAACGUGUGCCUGGCUCACCUCUUCACCUACCAGGACUUCGACGAAGGCACACUGGGCCUGGCCUACGUGGCGCCGUCCAAACUGGACAUCCCCGGAGGCCUCUGCUCCAAAGCCUGUCCGUCAUCUGCCAGCGAGCAGAGAAGCAUCUACCUGAACACGGGACUGACCAGCACCAAGAACUACGGGAAGACCAUCCUCACCAAGGAAGCGGACCUGGUGACCACUCACGAGCUGGGCCAUAACUUUGGAGCAGAGCACGACCCAGACGACCUGCCCGACUGCGCCCCGCGAGAGGACCAGGGGGGCAAAUACGUCAUGUACCCCAUCGCUGUCAGCGGAGACCACGUCAACAACAAGCUCUUCUCCAACUGCAGCAAACGUUCCAUCCUGAAGCGCCUGAAGACGAAGGCCCCGUCCUGCUUCAAGGAGCGCAACACCAACGUGUGUGGGAACUCUCGGGUGGAGCAGGGCGAGGAGUGCGACCCCGGGCUGCUGCACAUCAACACGGACCGCUGCUGCACCGCCAGCUGCAAACUAAAGCCUGGAGCCCGGUGCAGCGACAGGAACAGCGCCUGCUGCAGAAACUGCCGCUUCGAGGCUGAAGGCCAAGUCUGCCAGGAGCCCAUCGACGCUACCUGUAAGGGCCGCUCCUACUGCACAGGAAACAGCAGCGAGUGUCCUCCGCCAGAGGACGCGGCCAACAACACGGCGUGCCUGGACAACGGCCAGUGUCUGGGGGGAGAGUGUGUUCCUUUCUGCCGGGUGGUCCUGGACCUGCAGCCCUGCGCCUGCAACGAAAGCAACUCGUCCUGCAGCGUCUGUUGCAGGGACAGCAGCGGCGCCUGCGUUCCGUACCGGGACCCGACGGGAAAGUCCGUGUUCCUGCGUAAAGGCAAACCCUGCACCGUGGGCUUCUGCGACGGAGCGGGGAGGUGCAUGAAGCAGGUGCAGGACGUGGUGGAGCGACUCUGGGACUUCAUCGAGAAGCUGGACAUCGACUCGUUGGGGCGCUUCCUGGCUGAUAACGUGGUGGCGUCCGUGGUGGCGUUCUCCCUGCUGCUCUGGGUUCCGCUCAGCAUCCUAGUCCACUGUGUGGACAAGAAGAUGGACAGACAGUACGAGCAGACGACCAAGUCCCUGUUCUUCCCCAGCAAUGCCGAGUUCCUCAGCAGCCUGGAUUCCGCAUCACUUCGGAUCUACAAAUCCCCCAGCUUCCCCCCUUGCUCCGCUGCCCACAUGCGCUUUCAACAGACGAGCAGCCCUCCGGGGUCAGAGCCCGGCUGCCACGGCCCCCCUCCCCUGGACAGCCCCCGCAUGGCCACCAUCCAGGAGGACCCCGGCCCGGACUGCUACCUGGACCAGGAGGCUCUGCAGGAGGCGUUUGGGCGCCCAGGCCGAUCCACACAACGCUCUUUCGAAGACCUGACAGACAAAAGUGUGAUGAGCCUCGGGGAGAGGGCGCUGCUCUUCAACAUCAGCACCAGGGAGACGCAGUUCUGAGGUGCUGGACCCAUCAGCUGUGUGUGGGAUUAUUGGGUCGUUGGCUUCGCUGGCAUCCGUGUCUGGACAGUGCGUGAAGGGAGCUGGAGAUGCGACCGACGGGGUUAGUGCCUUGCUCCACCAGACGCAAACACAUUUAUGCAGUAGACUCGGGCCGUGGUUCUACUGGUGGCUGCACAUUUGAAUCGUUUACACUCGUUUCUUGGAGACUCAAACAAGUUAGUUUUAGCUGACUGGGUAUUUUGUAUGUUUCCUUCCAGAUUACUUUGAAGGUUUGCAUGUGUUUUUGCUGUUGAUAUUAUGUUUGAGAUGUGAACCAAAGCGUUUUAAAGCCAUAAAACUGUUUGGUACAAGCUU